AUGUCUACCUACCGCCCGUCAUCCCCGUUACUCUCCUUCUGCGUCGCGUUGCUAUUUCUUCUUCAGCUGGGAAGCUCCUACCAAGACAUCUCCGACGACACCCUGAAAUCCCUCCCCCGGCCGAAUAACGACUUCGAUGUCAACAAUGGAGCGCUAUUAGCCCCUAUCCUAAGGCCUCGUGUUUCCGGCACCGAGGGCUCUACGGCUGUCCUCAACCACUUUGCGAACUUCAUCCGAACAUCGCUCCCCGACUGGAACAUUGAAUUUCAGAACUCGACAUAUACUACCCCUGUCUCGAACGGGAAAGAAGUUCCCUUCGUCAAUUUGAUCGCAUCUCGCGAUCCUCCGUGGGCAAAGAAGGGGGAUGUCGGACGAUUGACACUGGUCGCGCAUUAUGACAGUAAAUAUGAACCGGAGGGAUUUAUUGGGGCCAUUGAUAGCGCUGCACCGUGCGCGAUGCUCAUGCACACCAUGCGCAGUGUUGAUGCAGGGCUAACGGAGAAGUGGAAAGCGAUGAAAGCGGAGGGCCGGACCCACGCGUCGCUGGAAGAGCAGAAGGGCAUCCAGAUCAUCUUUCUAGAUGGUGAAGAGGCGUUUAAAUCGUGGUCCGAUACCGAUUCACUGUACGGUGCUCGUUCCUUGGCGCAGCAAUGGGACUCGGAAGUCAACCCGGCUAUGUCGACUUUCAAAUCCCCACUGUCGUCGAUCUCCCUGUUUGUGCUCCUGGAUCUGCUAGGCGCCAAGGGCCCGACUAUUCAAUCGUAUUUCGGAACGACCCAUUGGGCAUACAAAAAGCUGGCGGCGCUGGAACGCCGUUUUCGCGACCUGAAACAGUUUAAAUCGGCCGCGCAGGAUUCCCCCGAAGGCGCGUGGUUUGUGCACGAUUCCAAGAACGAGCAUGAGCUCAGUCCUUAUCUUUCUAUAUUGGAUGACCAUAUCCCGUUCCUGGCCCGUGGUGUGGAAGUUCUACAUGUGAUUGAUGUACACCCCAGCGGCGGGUUCCCUGAGGUAUGGCACAACCAGCGGGGUAUACCGGACGACGGCGAGCACUUGGAUGGCAACACCGUCGAAGAUUGGAGUAUGCUCGUCACUGCUUUCGCUGCCGAGUGGAUGGAAUUGGAGGGCUUCAUGCCGACGCACACCGACGACAAACGAUCGGCUCCAAAGACAGAAUACAAGUGGGAUAAAACCGAGUUGUAA